AUGAUCGAGAAGCUCGUGGGCUGGCUGUGUGCGAACUCAAGCUAUCGCUCGCUCCCGUCAAGGCCCUGUCGUUACCAUCGACGUCGCCACCUCUUCUCAAAUACCAACAGCGUCACUGCUCUGAUAUCACAUAUUCACUCUUUGACCUCCAAGAACAGUCUAAUUGAUCUCAGCAGAUACCACAACCCUAAUGCCUGUCCUAUCGCGGGUCGUUUUGAUCAUUUUGUAUCCUCGUCUUGUGUUCUGUCGCAGUCCCGGGGCCGCCUGCGGUGUAGCAUGCGACAGCUAUGGGAACGAGAAGUUCAACACAAACUAUAUCAAUGACAGGAACGUUGAUAAUCCCGGAACGCCUAUCGCGACUGGUGCGGUCAACAAUAUGUGCGGAAUAGCUGGUGGUAACAUUCAUACUUGUGCUGUCUGCACUGAGUAUGGCCAAGGCUUGACGGGCAAUGCGGCAACGCUCGUUCAUUACUGGGAGGUGACUUGUCAGACGUGGGUUCACUAUGGCCUCAACGCGGCAGUAGCUGGCUGCGCUGGGUCUCCCAACCUCGUGUCUCAAUGCUAUCUACCGCCAACAUCAUCUUUAGCAACUCCAACCUUCUCAGUGCAAGACUCAUCUCUCGUGGCUGCGGGUUCCGGCACGGCGUCGAGCCAGCUGGCCGCAUCCUCUAUAGCGCUGUCUAGCUUCAGCUCGAGCCACUUCACUGGCGGCACUGCAUCAAGGUUGACAAUAUCGACAAGUCCAACAACUUCUCUUGCGGUCAGCACCGGUCCAGCAGGUGGAGCUGAUGUUACGAGUUCCACACCACCGAGCAUCGGGUCUCCUACCACACCGGCCACUACAGCGGCCACCACAACGUCCACUCUGCCAGCUGCGGGCUCAUGCGGUACAGUCACAGCUACUGGGGGCGCCCAAGGCGGCGCAGAUCAUUCGCACAUGAAGCCGGGCGUGCAAGGCUUGUUCAUCAGGGUAGCCGGCUAGGUGUUUCUUUGAUCUGCGGCCUCUGAUGACAAGUAAAAGAUGAUGGCCCAGCAAUUAUUGACUAUCCGCUAUUA